GGAGAUAGAAAAUGCCACCGAAAGGAAAGGGUGGCAAAGGCGCUAAAGGGGCUGCUGCUUCAGGCAGUGGGGACAGUGAUAAGAAGGAGAAGGCUCAGAAAGGUGGUACAGCUGUAAAGGUUCGGCAUAUUCUGUGUGAAAAGCAUGGCAAGUGUAUGGAAGCAAUGGAGAAACUCAAGUCUGGCAUGCGCUUCAGUGAGGUGGCAGCACAAUACAGUGAGGACAAAGCCAGACAAGGAGGUGACCUUGGCUGGAUGACAAGAGGAUCAAUGGUGGGACCAUUUCAGGAUGCAGCAUUUGCACUACCCAUCAGCACUAUGGACAAACCUGUAUAUGCAGAGCACUAA